AUGAAGCACGGCAAUGGUUCCGUCUUCACUGCUGUGGCCCGCUUUGAGCCAGGUCCUCGAGUACCGCGGGAUGAUGAGAACGCUGAUAAUGCCUCAGCUUCUUUCCCCGGCCCAUCCGGUUCUCUUUCUCUUUCUCGUCCAGAGCCCAUGGAGACCGAUUCGGCUAGUGGUGACUUCUUCAGCCGCCCAUUAUCCAUACAACUCAAGAGUGGAACGGCCCUCAAUGCGAGCGGCGCGACUGAUAUUCAGUCCGAUGUCCUGAUUGAUAGUCAUCGCAAUGAUCACGAAGCUGAGCGGCAGCCUAGGCAAGAGGCUGCUAGUAUGCAGUCCGCUGGCAGCAGUCAAGCUCAGCAAUCCACCGCUGACGGACAGGAAGAUGAAAUGCCACUUCCAGAGUCCUCGGAAAACAUGGCCCUCGUCUCUUCAACCCAGUCCGAUUCCCAGUCGAUGCUUUCUAAUGUGCAAAGCUCGGCGUCAUCGAAGCAAUCCAGGCGCCGUCGCAAUGACCCGCACAACAAACCCCCGAAAUUCAAAAAGAAACCAGACCCGAACUCUCACUCGAAAUUCAGAGAGCUGGACUUUGCCUCAAGGGAUUUUGAAUUCUUGAAGAGGGACCGAGAUUGCGCCAGUAUGAUUUGCGGCAGUUGCUCGGGCAAGGGCCACCAUCUCUUAGACUGCGUUUGGCCUGACGCUCGGGGUGAUUUGACGGGUUGUCCAUUCUGCAACACCAAGGAGCACCCCAUGGACAACUGUCCACAGCAGCCGGCAUUCGACGACUUCGAAUGGACUCACAUCCUCGUCUUUCGUCGCGCCAAUAAGCCUUUGCUCAGAACCACACGUAGUUGGGUCCACUAUGCCCAGCUUGCCGACCGCUACGCCACUGGUGCAGCCGUUCAUGAUACAAUGGUUAUCCAUGAAUGGAGGCACCUCUUGUCAAAGGGAUUUCCAUGGACCAGGUCCUUUGGACAGAAUCUGGCAAGGCCUCAAACUUUGUCGCGCGGUCCAUGGGUCCGUUAUGAUUACAGCAACGACAGCGCCUCUCAGAAUUAUCUGAAGCGGGACCCGAAAACGAUGAGCCCCUAUAUCGUGUUCUCUGACGAUAGUCUUAAGGACGAGCGGUUCACCCCCCGCUAA